GAAGGUCAGUACCAGAAAGCAGCAGUAUUUCUCCACACUCUAGUACUAGGGCCACACUCAAGCAUGUGGGGGCCCCAAGUUCUCAGGGAGAUCCAGGCUUCCAGAUGGGCUUUCCCUUUGGAAAAGGCUGGCACUGUGAAAGUCUGUCACAUUUGAGUAUGUAUGUGUGUGUGUACAUAGAACCCUACACUAAACCUUAAAGACUCUGAAAACUUGGGAAGACUGUGGAAGCUUCUGUCAUUCAUCAUGGAAUGUGAAUGUGUGUGUGUGUGAAACCUUCAAGAGAUUCAAGUAGGACUCAGGUCGGUUACCACACUGAGGUGGAAAGACAUAGAUGGGUGACGAGCCAUCUUAAAGACAUCUGACAUGGGGACAGAUAAAGGCAGAGGCCAGGCAGAACUUGGUAGGCACUCUCCUCAUUCUCAAUGCUCUCAUAGAGCAAAACUCCAGAUUUGACCCAAUAAUCCCCUUCCUUCUCUCCAUACUGAGAAACAACAUGGGUGGACAAGAAAAGAAGAUGGAGGGCUUCCUCAGUUCCAUACUGGGCCAUUUCCCAUGUUCCUGAGAGGGGAAAAAGGAGUCAUCUUUUUUUUUUUUUUCCUGCCUGGACCUUUAUUAAAACAUCACGAGUUUGGCGAAGGGGAAAUGUCAGGGUGAGAGGAGAAGGUGCUGGGAGAGAGGAAACCACUCCAACGAGGUAACACCAAAGAUCUGCCAAGUGGUGGCAUGAGCCAGUGAUCAGAAUAUCUGGGAAGCAAGCACGACCCUUAGACAGGAGCGGACUGAUGGCCAUCUAGCCGUAAGGAGGCAGCUAGCUGGCCAGAGGCAAAAUAAAGUUACAGAGCUGGGGGAUGGGGUAACAUGGGGGUUGUAACCACGUGAGGACAGGACACUGGCUCAGAGCAAAAUAGGAGGCAUUAAAAGCAAACCCACAACAUUCUGAAAAGGUCCUGGAAGGGGCUAAUCGAGGUGAAAGCAAGAGACCUCAAGGGGCAUGAAGGACGAGAUUCAAGACACUGUCAACUGCCAGCUCUGAGGUGAGUUGCAAUGUCCAGGGCAAUUGCACGGAUUUCAGGACUCUGAUAGCUUGGAGCUCUGUCUCUGGAAAAGGGGUGAUAGCCUCCCUGAGGGCUAAAUCUGCAGCUUGAAGGCACCGGCCGACAGGUAGAGGGUCAGUCCUGCCAGGGUCUGAGAGCUUGCUAAAGACAAGUUAUCCAGGCAGACACUUGGUUUCUUCUGGAGGGGGAUGGUGGGUCAGAGUCUCCACUGCCGGUGGUAGAACCACCUCUACGAGAAGCAGCAGCUUCUAGGCACUUCAACCCCUCACUGUACAUGGUCACCUCAGCUACUGCCCCCAAGUCCAGCCUGCCAUCUGUGCUUUUGGAUUGGAGCCUCUGCUAGGAACUACAUACAAACAGACCUGCUCAGCUCUUUCCCUUCCCACCCAAUGGUCAAAACCGGUUUGAAAAAAAGAAAUCUGGAUAAAGAUUAAAUCCUUGUUCCAAAGUCCCAAGUCGUUGGGGGCAGAAACUGUCAUCAGCUCCCUGUCUUCACAAACCAGGCAGAGUACACACUUCAAGGGAGCAGGCCUCAGCAACAGGGCUAUGGUCUGGGCCUGACUUUCAAAUCACAGAUGUCCCAAGACCGUGAUCCAGAAUGGACCUGGGUGUCUGCUUGACAACCCCCAGCCCCCAUCCCUCAGACUCCCACCCCCACCCCCACCCCAGUCAGCCUCCUGAUACCUCCCAGGGCUUUCCAUACCCAGGAAAUCUAGGGAGUGACACUUUGUCCCUCUCUGAUGCACUAAAGGAGGUUGGUGGUGUUAGAGUCCUAAAGUGAGGAGGGGGAGAGGGUCGUUGAGGCGAGGUGUAGGGAAGUGUGCCAUCCCCUGCAGAGUGGCCUGAGCCAUAGCCCAGCAAUUCUCCGCACAGCCAGACUAGGCGCAGCCCCAGCAAGGAAACACAAGGGCCCUUUCACGGCAGCCCUCAGCAAUUCCCAGGCCUCUUGCUAGAGGCGGGGCGCGUGCGCUUAGAGGGUGAGGCAACAGCGACUGAUUAGCCAAAGAGCCUGGUGUGACAGGAUGGAUGCUUCUCCUGAGCCCCCGCAGAAGGGCGGGACACUGGUACUGGUCCGACGGCAGCCCCCUGUGUCCCAGGGCUUGCUGGAAACACUGAAGGCCAGGCUGAAGAAGAGCUGCACCUGCAGUAUGCCAUGCGCUCAGGCUCUGGUGCAAGGUCUGUUUCCUGUCAUACGCUGGCUGCCCCAGUACCGCCUUAAGGAAUACCUGGCAGGUGAUGUCAUGUCGGGAUUGGUCAUUGGCAUUAUCCUGGUGCCACAGGCCAUAGCCUACUCACUGCUGGCUGGGUUGCAGCCCAUCUACAGUCUCUACACUUCCUUCUUCGCCAACCUUAUCUACUUCCUCAUGGGUACCUCCCGCCACGUUAAUGUGGGCAUCUUCAGCCUGCUGUGUCUCAUGGUGGGUCAGGUGGUGGACCGAGAACUCCAGUUGGCUGGCUUUGACCCCUCCCAGGAUUCUCUAGGGCCCGGGAACAAUGACAGCACCCUCAACAACACAGCCACACUGACAGUUGGGCUACAGGACUGUGGGCGGGACUGCCAUGCCAUUCGUAUCGCCACUGCCCUCACUCUGAUGGCCGGGCUUUAUCAGGUCCUCAUGGGGAUCCUCCGGCUGGGCUUCGUGUCUACCUAUCUCUCGCAACCCCUGCUCGAUGGCUUUGCUAUGGGAGCUUCUGUGACCAUCUUGACUUCUCAGGCUAAACACCUGCUGGGCGUGCGGAUCCCUCGGCACCAGGGCCUAGGCAUGGUGAUCCACACUUGGCUGAGCUUGCUGCAGAACGUGGGACAGGCUAAUCUGUGUGAUGUGGUCACCAGUGCCGUGUGCCUGGCAGUGCUGCUGACAGCUAAGGAACUCUCGGAUCGCUAUCGACACUAUCUGAAAGUGCCAGUGCCCACAGAGCUAUUAGUUAUUGUGGUGGCCACGAUUGCGUCCCAUUUUGGACAGCUCCAUACACGGUUUGGCUCGAGUGUGGCCGGCAACAUUCCCACUGGUUUUGUGGCCCCACAGAUACCAGACCCUAAGAUAAUGUGGAGUGUGGCCCUGGAUGCCAUGUCCCUGGCCCUCGUGGGCUCAGCCUUCUCCAUCUCCUUGGCAGAAAUGUUUGCACGUAGUCAUGGCUACUCUGUCAGUGCCAACCAAGAGCUGCUAGCUGUGGGCUGUUGCAACGUGCUGCCUGCCUUCUUCCACUGUUUUGCCACUAGUGCUGCUCUGUCCAAAACUCUGGUGAAGAUAGCCACUGGCUGCCAGACCCAGUUGUCCAGUGUGGUCAGUGCUGCUGUGGUGUUGCUGGUGCUGCUGGUGCUGGCGCCAUUGUUUCACGAUCUGCAGCGGUGUGUGUUAGCUUGCAUCAUUGUCGUCAGCCUGAGGGGGGCGCUGCGCAAGGUGAAGGAUCUCCCACAACUUUGGCGGCUAAGCCCUGCGGACGCACUGGUCUGGGUGGCUACUGCAGCGACCUGUGUUCUAGUCAGCAUCGAGGCUGGGCUAUUAGCUGGGGUGUUCUUCUCACUGCUCAGCCUGGCAGGCCGCACGCAGCGUCCACGGGCUGCCCUUCUGGCUCGAAUUGGAGACUCGACCUUCUAUGAGGAUGCUGCUGAGUUUGAGGGCCUCCUGCCCCCGCCCGAGGUGCGAGUGUUCCGUUUCACAGGUCCGCUCUACUAUGCCAACAAGGAUUUCUUCCUUCGGUCACUCUACAGUCUGACAGGGCUGGAUGCUGGGUACUCAGCCACCAGGAAGGAUCGGGGCACAGAGGUGGGUGUCAGUAACAGAAGUCUUGUUGACCGCAAGGAUCUGGGUUCAGUGAGCAGUGGGGAUGGGCUGGUUGUACCCCUGGCAUUUGGUUUCCACACAGUGGUCAUUGACUGUGCACCACUGCUGUUCCUGGAUGUGGCUGGCAUGGCCACAUUGAAGGACCUGCGCAAAAACUACAGGGCCCUGGACAUCACCCUGCUUCUGGCUUGCUGCAGUCCCUCAGUGAGAGACACACUGAGAAAAGGGGGCUUCCUUGGGGAAGACCAGGGAACUGAAGAGGAGCUGCUGUUCCCCAGUGUACACAGCGCUGUGGAGACAGCAUGUGCCCGCCGUGAGGAGCUGAUGGCUGCUGACUCUGCCCUCUAGCAGGGCCCGCUUCCUCAAGAGCCAAGACCUGUGUCCACGAGCCAGUCCUGAGCUCUUUUGUAGGAGUGACAUGAAUGAUAAAGUCAUUAUAGAUAAAUCCUUGGACCGCCUUUGCCCUGGAGAAGCCAGGGAACUCCAAGUAGGAAAGGAAAGUGCAGUACCCUUAACACAUUGGAGGAUUCCAAACAUUCAGUGAUUGAGGCGCUCUACCUCUGAGCCCACUGCUGCCCCCUGGUGCCUAUUCAACCCUAGUAGUUGCACCCACACACAUGAUUCCCUCAGCCAACACAGUGCCCAGUUUGAUAGUCUGUUUAUGUUGUCAUCUGAAACAGAGUCCUGCAAAUUAUAUGACCUCCAUGAUGCCAAAAGGACACUUUCCCAUUCCCUGAACCAUCGGGUACCAGAUGUGAGCUGAAUAUGUGGCCACACCUCAAGGGUCUGAAUUUCCGAAAGGCCUCCUUAGGCCUGGUGCUCAUCUUGAUUGGACCCUUGCAAAGGCAGCCACCUGCUCCAGAGUCACAGUCCAGUGUCACUGUCUAACCGAUGUGACUGACAUAACCUCAACCUGACUUUCGGGCACAAUGUCCCAAUACAGCUUAUACUGGUAACCACAACGUGGCGUAUGUAUGGUACAAAGCCAGGCACAGUAGACACUUACCCCAUUCUGCUGUACUUCUAAGAAAACCUCAGGAGGAAACCACCUGUGCUCCAUCCAGGGCCUGCCUUUGGCACAGCCAAGCAGACAUUCCCCUCCUCCUCUGCCCAACAGGAUGCUCUAACUGGAAGCACACCCCAGCCCUGUGCACUACCAUGAUUCUCCCCCACCCACAGCCCAGCAUUGUGUUCCACAGCUGGCCCCAAAAACGUCAGCUCCACCAUCUCGGCUCUCUUAAAACAAGCUCUGACCAGCAAUUCCCAGGGUACCCAUUUCAGCGUCACCCACCUGGCUGUGAUGAGGUCCAGCAGCCAGUGUAUCCGGACCUGCUCAAUGCCACUGUGAGGCACAGCACCUAUGUAGGCAAGGUUCAGUUGCUGGUCCCAACUAAGGUCGUACUGGUCAGCCUGGUCGUGAGGCAGUGGGGGGCUAGGGAUAGGACAAAGAAGUGAAGUGUUUGUCCUAAGCAGGGGCCUGCAUCAUACCAGACUUUACACAUGUUAUCACCUGACUACCUAGACCCUUGAGGAUGAACUGUGUAUCUCCAGAAUGUAUGAUAAAGUAGCCCACUAACCAGAA